UUCAUUGUCGACGAGGUAGUUGCUGCGUCUCCAUGCUGUAUUAUUUGCUUGCGUUUAAUCGAUUACACCAUAAAAGAACAUUUAACUAAGUUUACCAUUUUAAUAGAAACUUUACUUGCUUCCAUAUUCGCAGCUUUAUACUCGCGAACAUAUUCUGAUUGAGCAUCACGCUGUAUUGUAUCCAGUUCAGUGAGAACACAUCCGAUCGACAUGGUGUACGCAAUCGGCUUGUCAUUGAUAAUCGGGGCCUUCGGCCUUCAUUACUUCUUCUUCAAGAACUUGUAUCUGUUCAAGAAUUAUAACAUACCGUAUUUGAAACCUUGGCCAUUAGUGGGCAAUAUGGGACAGGUAGUCUUCGGUAAGAAAUCGGUAGGCGAAUCUUCAAAAAUAAUGUAUGACAAGUAUCCUGGAGCCAAGUAUGUCGGUAUAUACGAUUUCCUCAAGCCGGUGAUAAUGAUACGUGACCCUGAGCUCAUUAAGUCCAUCGCAAUCAAACAUUUUGACAUGUUCACGGAUCAUCGCGACUUCAUCCAAUAUGACCAAGAUCCGCUCGCAUCCCAGGGCUUGUUCUUUCUUCGUGGCGACAAAUGGCGGAAGAUGCGAGCAAUAUUAUCUCCGUCCUACACAUCUAAGAAGAUGAGAACCAUGUUCAAGCUAAUAUCCGACUACGCUGUCGAUUUCACCGACUUUUUGGUGCAAUUGCCACCGGAGAAGAGGGUGUUGGAAACGAAAGACAUCUUUACACGUUACACCAUCGACGUGAUCGCCACUUGCGCUUACGGCAUCAGUAUCAAUUCCAUGCGAGAUCCAAAGAAUCUUUUUUACAUGUCCGCAAAAGAUGUAGUUAUUUCAGAGAUUAUCAACGUUCUUAAGUUCGCUGUAACAGAAAGUUUACCGUGGUUGGCACGGGUAAUCAAAUUGAGGAUCAUCAGUGAGAAAAUUACGAAUUUCUUCCGGGACCUCAUAGAGACCACCGUCAGGACCAGAAUCCAGAAGGAUAUAGUUCGGUCGGACAUGCUGCAACUGAUGAUGGAAACUAGAGAUGGUAACAAGGAAUUAACGAUUGAUGAUAUUGCCAGCCAAGCAUUCACUUUCUUCUUCGCCGACAACCAGACUACCUCGAACUUGAUGUGUUUCGCCGCACACGAGAUCGCUGAAAAUGAGAAGGUGCAGAAGAGAUUGCAAAAUGAGAUUGACCAAAUGUUGGAGGACACAAAUGGCCAAGUAUCGUACGAAGCGAUUAACAAUAUGGAGUACUUGGGUGCUGUACUGAACGAAGCUCUCAGGAAGUACCCUAUCGCCCCUUUAUUGGACAGAAAGUGUUUGUUAGAGUUCGAGUUGCCGCCAACAUUAACAGACGCGAAGCCCUUCACCUUGAAGAAAGGAGAAUCCGUGUUAGUUUCGGUAUUCGGGCUUCAUUAUGAUCCCAAAUACUUUGAAGAACCGGAAAAAUUCAAUCCCGACCGGUUCGUUGGCGAGCAGAAGAAACAUAUUGACAAAAUAGGAGCUUUCUUGCCGUUUGGUUUAGGCCCCAGGAAGUGCAUUGGUUAUCAAUUUGCCUUGAUGGAGUUGAAGAUAUUAUUAUUCCAUUUACUGGCACGGUGUGACCUUCUGCCUUGCAAGAAGACUCAGCUUCCGCUAAAAUUUGCCAAGCACUCUUUCUUUCUGAAGACUGAAGGUGAGUUGUGGCUGAAAGUGGAACCGCGGGAGAACCCACAUCACACCAUCGUCACGAAAGUCGCAAACUGUACGCAAGAUCUAUAGGAAUUGUUUUUUAUUUACGAAUUCUGGGGAUUUAAAUGUAAAUGAUGCGGGCAAUAUUAUUAAUGAAUGUGAAAUGAUAUUCACAUGUAAAUAA